AUGAUCGAGUUCCUCCGACGUGCUUCCAAUGUAUGGUGUUGGUCGUUGACGGCACGAAGGCUGGUUCAUGCUGAAGCACUCCGUCGAAUCUACGUCAAUGCCCAAAAGGCAUGUUCGCGUAUACGACCCGUACCGAGAGUUGACCCUCGGGCUGUAUUUGUCAACAAUGAACUCGACCUCGCCUCGAUUGAUGUAUACGGAUUUGAUUAUGAUUACACUCUCGCUGUUUAUACUCGAGCUCUAAACGCGCUCAUAUAUAAGUUGGCGCUUCACCGUCUCGUCACACAAUUCAAGUAUCCUGAAAGUAUUCUCGAUAUACCUUAUGACAGCGAAUUUGCAAUUCGAGGAUUGCACUUUGACGUCCAAAGCUCUUGUCUCAUGAAAGUUGACGCCUUCUCCCAAAUUCAAUGCGCCUCUGUAUAUAAAGGAAGGAGAAGGCUUUCCGACGCCGAGGUGAAGAAACUCUUUCCACGACUAUCUCUUCCUGACAUGAAAGGGCGACAAAUGCCGCAACUGGUGGACUUCUUUUCUCUCCCUUGGGCAGGUCUACUCUCCACUGUCGUACAUUACUGUGACCUUCAUAACAUUGUAUUCGACCCUAAAUGCUUAUAUGAUGAUUUGGAGGAAUGUGUGAAACAAGUACACACUAGUGGUGAAAUGUACCGCGAAGUAUGUGGAGACUUAAAACACUUCGUACAUCCCAAUGAGGGUCUCAAAGAGUAUUUGGAAAUGUUGUAUUCAAAUGGAAAGGAGCUGUUUGUGGUUACCAAUAGUCCAUUCACGUUCAUAAAUGUUGGUAUGACGUAUAUGUUGGGUAAAGAUUGGAGAAAGUUUUUCAAAUACAUAGUCGUGUUGGCGAAAAAACCAACCUUUUUCGUGGGACGCGAGCCAUUCCGGUAUGUCUUUAAGGGUUAUCAGGACGCAGAACGAGUCGUUCUUACUGUGAACUAUUUCAGAGUAUACGAUCCUGACUUGGACAUGCUGAAGUUUGAGAAAGUUCAUCGUCUAGAGGAGGGUAACGUAUACGCUGGAGGAAAUAUCAACGAGCUAUCAACUCGCGCUGGUUUCAAAGACAAGGGUGUGCUCUACUUUGGUGACCAUAUUUACACUGACCUUGCGGAACCGAUUCUGAGACUAGGAUGGCGUACUGCGGCCGUGGUCCCUGAACUCGCACGAGAGAUAAGGAUACAAAAUGACGAAUCCCAUCAGAAAAUCAUACAGUGGUUGGAAAUGCUCACGGCAAUCAUUGAAUUGUAUCGACCAGAAUCACUUAAGGAUCCCGAAUCUGUAAAGGUUAUCGAAGAGUGGCAGGCUGAAAGAGGCGAAUACAGACUCUCUGAUGUCUAUACAAGCCGUGUACCAAAUCUGCUUAAGUACGAUCUUCGCCAUUGUUUCUUUCCUCGCCGAAAUGCUCUACCACACGAAGGAUUACACUCUGUUCCAAUCAACUCGGAUUCUAUACUCGAAAUUUUGAAACAUAAUGAGGAGCUUCGCGGUGAUUCCGAGCAACCAUGA